UGGCAAGGUGCGUGUAGCCUCCGCCCGGCCUGGAGGAAAAGCUGCAGGCCGCGACAGGUACCUCAGCUCCCCUCCCUCGACUAGCAGGGCCUUCGGUUCUCUGGCACCACGACAGGGCCGGGCCCGACAACCCACGACGCCUGAGUCGUCGGCUGCGGCGGGAGAGCAAGCCCGUCCCACCUGAGGCCCAGUCAGCUCGAGCCCGUCGCCUCGGUAGAUUAAGAACGUUUCGCGUCCAGAGAUUCGGUCGUAGCACCCCGCGACCCCUCCGCCGCGGCGGACAAGGAGCCCGCGCGCCGCCGAGGCGGCUGGAGGAGUCCGAAUUCCGCGGGACCGCCCGGUCCGGAGACUCGGCCGUUGCGUCCCUGAGCCCCGCGCAAGUGCGCUACCGCAGACCCGUCUGGCUGAGAAGAAACCAGAAAAGUCGUAGCUCCGGCGCCCAAGGGCUGGUCGUGGUCUGCUGUCGGAGCCGUAGCGCCUCUCGCUGACGGGCAGCUGCCGCAGCCAAUAGCUGGGCUCGUCGCUCUCUCGCCCCGCCUCCCCCCGCGUCCGUUGACGGCCGCAUGCGCUUCAAGCCAGCCUUUGGUUGAGUGUUGGGCUCCUUCCCGAGAGCCAGGGGGCUUCUCCUGGUCUGGCCAACGCGAUCCCCCAAACCCUCUGCCCCUCCUGUGCGUCUCUGCAGCCAAACAGAUUGGACAUUAACACACACUCCCUCGCCCUCAGUAACCCCGCUCCAGGGGCUCCUGCCCUUAGGAUCCCUUGGAAUGACGAGUGUUUGUGGAGUUUGUCCCGAUGAGGAGGGCCCAAGAAGACUUGGGAACUUGUGCGGAAAAUGUCGCUUUAGGUGCCUUAAGGUGUUUUUAGUCCCCUGGGGUAUUGAUCAGUGUCCACAGUUGGUGCUGAUGUUGGUCAGCGGGAAAGGAACGUGAGGACUCAUGACCAGUAUAUCUUUUAGUCUUGUUUACUUCAGGAGUUCUCCAUUUCGUCAGGUUUUUUAUUUUUUUAGUUUUAAUCCUAGGUGAUUCUGAUACAAACCAUUGACACAUAGAAAAUUACGAGCUGUGAUUUUCCAAACUCAUAACCCUCUCUGUGAACUGAUUUUCUAUGAUUCUGUUUUCCUCUUGAGUAUUGGUGGGCACUGGAUGAUGGAACUCCAUUUUCAUCCUUCAUGUUUUCAAAGUGCACAUGCUGAUAUUAAAGCUGUCCAGGGUGUCUUAGGGACAUUUGUAUUCACAGGGCUUUUAAAAGCUAGCCAGAGCAGAUCGUUUCAACUGCAGUUCCCUUUUUCAGGGCUGAGGGAGCAUGAGCCAUUUGCAGAACUUGCUGUUAGAUACACUCCUGGGAACAAAGCAUGUAGACGGUGCAGCCCUCAUCAAACUCCAGGAGCACAGCCUAUGUGUAGCAUCACCUGGAUUUAGUGUAAUGCCCAGUGAUGUCCAAACACUUGUGAAUGGAUUUGCCAAGAACCCUUUGAAAACCAGAAGAGAAGGAUUGUAUUUCAAGGAGAAGGACUACAAAUGUGUCCGGGCAGAUGACUAUUCUCUUUAUGCUAAGAGUGAAAACACUGGUGUGGUUGUUGUGAAGACCCAUCUGUAUCUUCUGGUGGCAACUUACACUGAGGGCAUGUAUCCUAGUGUCUGUGUGGAAGCCACAGAGAAAUUGGGAGAAUAUCUAAGAAGAAAAGGAAAUUAAGUCAUCAGAGGACUAUGAAAGACAGCUUUUAUGAUUUUAGAAGAAAACUAUAGAUCCUAAAGAAAAAGUAAUGCCUUAUACUGUGGUUGAAAAAUACUAGGCAGAAGAUACUGAAAAGGAAGAAUGAGUUAAGGGAGCAAUUUUUCUUAUUUCAAGAGAUCCUCUUCUUUAAUUGGAAUUACUUAGUCCACUUUAUUUGUUCCUUUUUUUUUUUUUUUUUUUUAAGUGUUGGUCAUUGGCAUGAAUGUGAGGCAUUGAUAGUUUCACAGGGCAUAUCUGUUGAGAGACUCCUCCAUGAGUCUCUGUAUUCCCACACAUCUUGUUGGGUAUGCCAAGAAUACAAGGCCCUAACCACUCUUCAUGCAGACCAUUUCAGGGUUAUGUUGCAGGAAGCAACCUUGAAAAAUGAAGUGAUGUCUCCCUUCAGAACCAAGAGCAAGCUUGCUUACUGCUUGCUCUGAAAGAGGUAGAUUCCCUGAACUCAGUGUUCCUGUCCUAGAGUGCAGCUCACUGCAUGUGUGGCAUCUAUCUGUGGCAUCUAUCUACCCACAUCACCCCUGUGGGACCUGGGGAAAAGGGGAACCAAUGUAAAGACCACCCAACAACAGGCCACUCAUCAAGGUGUCUGAGGGACAUUCCGCACUCCCCACCAUCUGCAGGCAUCUGAUUUUGUUGAGCACUGGAAAGGUCUUCCCAAAAAUCAACUCAAAAAGAUUUCUGACUCCACCUCCCUCACUUCCUCCUAGUCCACACAACUUAGUGUGGUCAAUGAAUACAACCUUCCCCAGAAAGGGUUCAUCUCCUCUUGGUCACCUCCUGGGUGAUGAUCAGAACAAUGAGGGUAGAGAGUAUAUAUAACCUAUUUUGAAAAUUCAGGAUUCUACCCUGAUCAUUCCUGGCCAUGGUGCAUCUUUCUUUCUCCUAAUAGCAACCCCAGGCCAGUCUGCUUGUACAGCCUCCAAGUGACCCUAGGGAGGGAAUACCAGAGGCCACUGGCAUUUCUUGACAUUAUCAUGCAGUUUUCUGAAUUCCAAAAGCAUGCUAUCUGAGGCAAAGUGUCUUUUGUUAAUGUUUAUAAAAUUCUCCCAUUUUCAGGUUUUGUAUAACAGCCUUUCAAGGAGUUUACCUCCAAUACAAUUCCUUUUCUGAGCUUGGGUGCCAAGAACUACAGAUUUGUUCUGGGUGGUGAAGCUGACCACUAGUCCGCUCAUUCAUUUAUCUAUUCAGCUGCUUGAUUCUUUUCUGAGUUAGAGGUAAAAGUACAUUUAAAAUUUACUUAUUUAGCAUUCCUUGAGUAGCCUACUGUGUGCUAGGUACUGUUGAUACAAAAGUAGAUAAUAUAUACACCCCACCGCAGAUAGGAUUACAAUUUAGUGAAGAAAAUUUAUAAAUGAGUCACAUUACCAUGUGAUAAAUGCUCUAACAGAUAUAAAAAAAGAACUGUAAAGCACAAAGCCUAAAGUGAUCAACUGUGCAUUCAGGAGCCUGAAAAUGCGUUUGAAGUAAAUCUGGAAGAAUAAGUAAGUACAGAAGAGAGCAAAAAGCAUUCCAGGUUUAAGGAAUAGCAUAUGCAAGUUCCUGUUGUGUGAAAAGAAUGGUGAGAAGUUCAGUGUGGCUGGAAAAUAGUAUGUAUGAGAGAAUGAUAAAUGAAAGUGGGAAGAUGGGUGGGGCCAAAGGAGAAAAGGCUACUUUCUUCAUGGUAACUCAAAGGACAUCAAGCAGUGCUGUGGUAUAAACAGUACUUAUAUGAAACUUUUAUAAUUUUGAUUGCAAAAGUAAUAUACACUCAUAAAAACACUUGAGAAAAUAAGUUACUCAUAAUUUCACAUUAAAUGAAAACAACCGUUGAUAGUUUUUGUUAUUUUCUUCCAGUCUUUGUUCAGUGCACAUAAUAUAUACAUGUUUUUUUAUAAAUCUAUAGUUUUAUUAAGACAAAAACUGACAGUGUUGGUAUGAAGUUUAACAUUUACACAAAAGUUUUCACAGAAACCUAACACACAUGCCUAAAAAGAUUUUACAACGGAGUUCUAGAUGCAGGUCUAAAUGAUGUCAAGAACUGAUGGAUCUCAUGAUUCAAGACAGCAUUAUGGGUUUUAGUUAAUUCUUAGGAUUAAAAAAAUUUGUUUUGUUUUAAAGUGAACCACUGCCCCAGUAUGAAAAUUUAAUCUUCUCCUGAGACCAGGGCUUCAGAAAUCAUUCAACUCUUGAAGUGACUCAGUGAACUUGUGCUGUCAGUGACCGAACCCUGUCACCAAUGGUUUCAAAGUUCAGAAAACAGAGGCUCCAAGAGUUUUCCACCCUAAAAGCACCAGCCCUUGUCUUUGCCUACUCUCCCAUCUCCUAUACCACCCUCUGCCCUUCCCCAAAUACUUCAGCCAGUGGCUUGGAUGGAGAAGCUGAUAUUUAUAACUUCAAAAUCGGAAAAGAAAGGGUCUUCUUGUCAAUUUCAAGAAUUAGCACCUCUAAGAAUGAUCUGCCUGUGUAUACACGCCAAUAAGACUUUUCCUCCUCAACCAGUUUCCAUCCCCCAGUAACUUAACUGGGAAGUUAAGAAGUUACCAAAGCUUAAUGCUUUUUGGGAACAGCAUUAAGAUCAGGCAGGGAACACCCUGGCUUCUAAGUUUCAGGCAUUCACAGCUUUUAUACAGUCUCUCACAGUCCUCAUUUAGGUUGCCAAUGAUAUUUUUUGAAAGGAUGAAAUAUUCUGGACACAGAACCAAAUAUCAUUAGUUGUUCUUUGUUUCACCAUUUCCCCACAACAGGCCCCAAAUUUUAACAAAAAUGAUCCUAACCCAUCUCCCUUUUUUCCCACCCCAUCCCUCCCACCCCAAA